AUGAAAUUAAUGAGAGUUUUUGGGUAUUUAAAUAUCAUCACAAAUUGUGUUAAUGGCUUACUAUGCAAAGCGGAAAAAAGAAAAUAUAAUGUGUUUACGAACAGCUUCAUUUACUCCAUAAGCACGACGAACUUGUAUUCAUUUACGGCCAUGAUGAAUAAGUCUCCCGAGUGGGUACAGGAAAAAUGCCCGGAGCAUAAGAGCUACAACAUUCUUGAGAAGAGGUUCAGUGACAAAUUCCAAAUGACGUACACGGUGUAUGAGCAUAAGAAGGCGAAAACGCAGGUCAUAGCACUGGGGUCGAACGACCCCCUGGAUGUAGAACAGACUUUUGCCUUUUACGUGAAAACGUUGACAAAUUCUGGGAAGGGAAUUCCCCACAUUUUGGAGCACACCGUUUUGUCCGGCUCGAAAAACUUCAAUUAUAAGGACUCCAUGGGCCUCCUGGAAAAAGGGACGCUAAAUACGCACCUGAAUGCAUACACGUUUAAUGACCGAACUGUGUACAUGGCUGGGUCGAUGAACAACCGAGAUUUUUUCAACAUCAUGGCUGUUUACAUGGAUAGCGUGUUCCAACCGAAUGUACUGGAAAAUAAAUUUAUUUUCCAAACGGAGGGGUGGACGUACGAAGUGGAGAAGCUCAAGGAUGAAGAGAAAAAUGCAGACGUUCCAAAAAUUAAGGAUUACAAGGUGUCCUACAAUGGCAUCGUUUACAGCGAGAUGAAAGGAUCCUUUAGCAGUCCACUACAAUAUCUGUACUACCUCAUAAUGAAGAAUAUCUUUCCAGAUAAUGUCCACUCGAACAUCAGUGGUGGAGACCCCAAGGAGAUUCCUACCUUGACGUACGAAGAGUUUAAAGAAUUUUACUACAAAAAUUAUAACCCCAAAAAGAUUAAGGUGAUCUUUUUCAGCAAGAAUAACCCCACGGAGCUGCUAAAUUUUGUGGACGAUUAUCUAAACCAGUUAGAUUUUACCAAGUAUAGAGACGAUGCUGUGGAGAAUGUAAACUACCAGGAGUACAAAAAAGGGCCCUUCUAUGUGAAGAAGAAGUUUGCUGACCAUUCUGAGGAAAAAGAAAAUUUGGUUUCCAUUUCUUGGUUGUUAAAUCCGAAGAAAAAUGACCUACUCGAUGUAGAUCUCAGUUUGGAAUCGCCGCAAGAUUAUUUCGCCCUGCUGAUUAUAAACAAUCUACUUACGCACACGACCGAGAGCGUUUUGUACAAAGCGUUGAUCGAUUGCGGCUUGGGAAACACAGUCAUAGAUACAGGCCUGGACGACAGCCUCGUACAGUUCAUCUUUAGCAUCGGCCUGAAAGGAAUAAAGGAGAAGAAUGAAAAGAACGUAAGUUUGGACGUAGUACAUUACGAGGUGGAGAAGGUCGUUUUGAAAGCGCUGCAAAAAGUGGUAGACGAAGGGUUUAACAAAUCUGCAGUGGAGGCCUCCAUAAAUAACAUCGAAUUUGUGUUGAAGGAGGCCAACUUGAAAACGUCCAAAAGUGUAGACUACAUUUUUGAGAUGGCCUCUAGGCUGAACUAUAAUAGGGACCCCCUUCUCAUUUUCGAAUUUGAAAAGCACCUGAAUGUGGUUAAGGAUAAGAUAAAGAAUGAGCCAAAGUAUUUGGAGAAAUUUAUAGAAAAGCACUUCAUAAAUAAUAACCACAGAGCGGUUAUCCUCAUGGAGGGAGAUGAAAAUUAUGGAAAGGAACAGGAAGACUUAGAGAAGGAGACCUUAAAAAAAAAAAUUGAAAGCUUGACGGAAAAGGAAAGAGAUGACAUCAUCGUCGAUUUUGAAAAUUUAACCAAGUACAAAAAUAUGGUAGAAUCGCCUGAACAUUUGGAUAACUUCCCCAUAAUAAGCAUUUCAGAUUUGAACAAAGAAACGUUGGAGAUUCCCGCGAAUGCCUAUUUUACCUCCACCGCUGAGGAGAACAACAUGGAGAAGUAUAACAAAGUGAAAGCGAGUGAAGAUGUGAUGAAGAAAAACAUGGACCAUCUGAUUGACAAGUACGUUUUGAAAGGUGCCCAAGGUGGGGCAGCCACGGACGGAGCCGCCAAACAGGGCGAUUCCUCCGAUGGGGAGAUACCAAUGCUCGUUUAUGAAAUGCCGACCAGUGGAAUCCUCUACCUGCAGUUCAUCUUCAACCUGGACCAUCUGUCGCUUGAGGAGAUGAGCUACCUGAAUCUGUUCAAAAUGCUCAUCCUGGAGAACAAGACGAUGAAGAGGUCAUCUGAAGAGUUUGUCAUUUUGAGGGAAAAGAACAUUGGAAAUAUUAUGGCCAACGUUGCCUUGUACUCCAUCAGCGACCAUUUGAAGGUUACCAGCAAGUAUAACGCGCACGGGCUGUUCAACUUCGAAAUGCAUGUGCUCAGUCAUAAGUGCAAUGAAUCGCUGGAGAUUGCCUUGGAGGCACUGAAAGACUCGGACUUUUCUAACAAGAAAAAGAUCGUAGAAAUUUUGAAGAGGAAAAUCAACGGAAUGAAGACCGUAUUCAGCUCCAAGGGGUAUUCCCUGCUGCUGAAAUAUGUGAAGUCCCAAAUGAACGCCAAGUACUAUGCACACGAUUUGGUCUUUGGGUACGGGAACUACCUCAAGCUGCAAGAACAGUUGAAGCUGGCCGAAUCGGAUUUCCCCCAAUUUGAGCAAAUUCUAAACAGGAUAAGAAAUAAAAUAUUCACCAAGAAGAACCUACUAAUUAGCGUAACGUCAGACGCGGCUGCGUUGGACCAACUUUUUGUACACUCCAAAGAGUCCCUUAAAAAUUUACUGGGUUACUUUGAGGAGAAUGACGCCAAGAGCGGUGAAGCGGAAACCAUCGGAUGGAAUGAAGAAAUAAAACAAAGCAAAGUUAUAGAAAAGGAACAAAAGAAAAAGGAAUUCUUUGUCAUCCCAACAUUUGUAAAUGCCGUUUCUAUGGCUGGAAUGUUGUUUAAUGAAAAGGAAUUUUUAGACCCAUCCUUCAUCGUUAUCGUAGCGGCUUUGAAGAAUUCCUACUUAUGGGAAACAGUCAGAGGCCUCAACGGGGCGUACGGCGUUUUUGCAGAUAUUGAAUAUGACGGGGCGGUCGUGUUCCUAUCUGCGAGGGACCCCAAUUUGGAGAAAACCCUCCAGACCUUUAAAGAAUCUGCCCAAGGACUCAGAAAAAUGGCAGACACCAUGACGAAAAAUGACCUACGUAGGUACAUCAUCAACGCGAUAGGAAAUAUAGACAAGCCCAGAAGGGGAGUCGAACUGAGCAAGCUGUCCCUCUUGAGAAUCAUCUCCAAUGAGACGAAGCAGGACCGAAUUGACUUCAGAAAAAGAAUCAUGGAAACGACCAAGGAAGAUUUUUACAAAUUUGCGGACCUGCUAGAGAAGAAAAUUGCCGAGUUUGAGAAAAACAUCGUCAUCAUCACGAGCAAGGAGAAGGCCAGCGAGUACUCCACCAACGUCGACCAGGACUUCAAGCAGAUCCACAUCGAGUAGUUCCUUUGCGGUGAGCAUAACCCGUGAGAUGUAGCGGUCAGAUGAGCGGGGGAGGCGACCCGUGGUGUGGGGUACGCCCCCCCCGGUUAACUUCCCCACGCGGCCAUCCCUGUGCAACGCGUGUUUACCUGCAUUUCUUAUCGCCUACGCUGCGCCGACGUGGGCAAUUCCCCGUGGCUCCCUCCAUUUCGCUGGCGAACAGGGUGCUCACCACGUUCGCUGCGCUAUGCCGUGUGAACUUUUAAAAAAGCACGCAUUUGGUUAAGCCAAACUUUCGUUCCAUAACUGGACAGAAAAAGAAAACCAUUCGAAAAGGAGAAGCUCCUAGGGGGUCUC